AUAGAUAAGUGCUGAUAAAUCAAAGGUAGUUUUUGCCAUUACUAGAGAUACGGCUAAAAGGUUUUAGAUUCCACUUUCCAAUUCUUAAAUGACCCUAUUCCGUUUCGGUAGCUAAUCUUAGAUACCCCCUAAUCCUGCGAGCAUAAUUAAGGCAACCAUGAAAACAUUGGGCAACCCUAUUGCUUAAAAUGAUCGGUAUUUAAGGCAACCAUCCAAAUCUUUGAGACUGGCCGGUACUCAUCUAAAAGAGAAAUUGUGGAGAAGUUGUGACAGCGUGAUCCCGGAUCUUGCUGAUUGGGUUCGACAAAACGAUUUUUCAAGUGAAGAUGAUGAUAAAGCUUUUUACUGGGGUGAAAAUGAUGAUUGUAAUUUUUGUAUGAGUAGUGAAAGUGAAAGUGAUGGUGAUGAGGGUGAUCGGAAAGGGAUGCCGCAGGUGGGAACUGGUAUCUAUGAUGCCUCAAUCUUAGGUGAUGAGAAGCAAAAAUCAGAGGUGUCAGGAACAGACGGAGUUUCAGCAAAGAAAAGCAGCAAGAAGAAGAUGUCCAAAGGUGAUGCAGAGCCUAAAUUAGCAGCGAAUAAAGCCACUGAUGGGGAUGCUUCAGAGGAAGUUAUGUCAACUGAGAUGAAGGAGAAGCGAAAGUUACAAGACGAUGGGGUCGAAUCAGAGCAAAAUGAAGUGAAGUGAAGAAGAAAUAGAACUCUAUCAGCACAAGUGGUGUUCAAGUAAGUUUGUAAUUAAAAUGAUUUUCUUUCCCUUUGGUUGUUAGUUAGCUGUAGCGAGGUGUUCUGGCAAGUUCUUUAUCCGUAUAUGGUUUAAACAAACUCUGUCAUAUUUGAGAAAACCCUUUUUUUUUCCUCACGAAAUGCUCAAUGAUCUGAUAAUAUACUUGAAGUUAGCAAGAC